AUGCCUCCUAAAAAGGGCAAAGACAAGGGCGGCGGCAGCGGCAGCAGCACGCCAGUACCGGCCGUGGCGGCGUCGAGCAAGUCGUCGGGAAGCAAGAAGAAAGGCGGCUCGUCGCUGACGACAUCGUCGCGGCCGCCAGAUAGCGACUUUAUUGUCUUCACUAACUCGACGAAGGAGACUAGUGGAAAGGGCAAACGCGGAGGUGGAGGAGGAGGGGGGGGAGCAGGAGGAGCUGGAGGAGGGCCGUCAGGUGGUUCUGAGGGCGUGCCAGACGGGCCACCGAAACCGACAGUCAAGCAAAUCAUUGGCGGGUCCUCGUGGACGGGCAAGCUGCCGGUCAAUCUGCUGUCGGAGCACUGCCAAAAGCAAAAGUGGGAUCGGCCAGACUACGACAUUCGCAAAGUGAAAGACGGCUACUCGGCGUUCGUCAAGCUCAGCGCCAAGAACCCAAAGACCAAUGAGACGACACGCCUGGAUCCCUUCAAACUGCCACCAAGCCAUGUGCACCUGGCCGUCAAGCCGACAGCACUCGAGGCGCGCCACUUUGCAGCCACAUACGGUCUGUUCCGCGUCUGCAGCAUGAAGAACCUGCACAUGAUGCUGCCGCCCGACUACAAGAACCUGUGGAACGAAUUCAAGGCGCUCAAGGAGCAGGAUGUCAAGGAGGGCAAGGCAUGGAUGUACGAGGCCGAUCCGUUCACUGCGCUGCGCGACCGCGAGCUGGCCAAGGCUGCGGCUGAGAAGAAACGCAAAGAGCAGCAGGCGGCCCGCGAGAAGGCAGCAAGCAUGCCGGGCGCAGCAGGCCUCUUGGCAUUACGGACUCUUGCAAAUAAUGGAAGCGAUGGAGGCGGCGGUGGUAGUGCCGAAAGAGGUAGAGGCACUGGACAUGGAAGCGGCAGUGGUGUGGGAGGUAGCGGUGCCGGUGUCGGCGGCGGCAACUUCAAUCCCAUGCGUGGCUGGACAAACAUCCCCAAGAUCGAGAUGGGCGGCAAGACGCGCUCGAUGCUGGAAGACUUGCUGCGGCGCGAGUCUAUCUGGAACCCCUACGGGGUCGAGUUGUCUGCGGAAGCGCAGAAACGCAUCGUCGACGAGCUGAGCCGCACAGGAUUCCGUCGCAGCCAUGUCGAGGAGGCCGUGGCCGUCUGCAAGGACCGUGACGAGACGCUCGAGUGGUUGCUGGUGCACGUGCCCGAGGACGACCUGCCACCGUGGUCACUGCCCGAGAGCUACACGGCCGGCGUGUCUGUCGCUGCGACCGACUUGCGUCGCGAAUCUGCGAUCCAGCGCCUGGCACAAUCUGGCUACUCAGCCGACCUCUGUCGCAAGGUUUACGAUGCCAACAGCGGCGACGAGUGCAGGGCAGCCGAGGCGCUGCAAGCCAUACUGUUGGGCCGGGACAGCAGCACCAACGGAUUGGACGACAGCGAUACGCCGGCCUUUCUUUUGUCGUCGUAUGAUACGCCCGAGGAGGGCUGGGCGGCCGAGCUGGCCAGCUUGGAGUCGGUCUAUGGGAGCGACCACUAUAGCCAGCCGUCGCCCGACAUGUGUCAGAUUCGCUUGGAUGGUGUCGUCAACAGCCAUGCCACAAACACCAGCCGCGGCAAGACGACGGAUGUUGAGGCAUCCCUUCAGUUCCGGCGGCCGUCCAACUACCCAGCUGAGCUGCUUAUCUCCGUGCUGGCACCGCAGCUGCCCUCCUACAUCAAGCUCAGCAUCAUCAAGAAGACGCUCGCGUACGUGCACGAGUCGCUGCGUGACGAGGAGACCAAGAUCUACUUUGUCGUCGACUGGGUGCAGCAGAACGUUAAUAGCAUCAUCGAGCGGCCGGGCGCCUUGCGUGAUAUUUCUGCGGCAGCCUCGGCAGCGUCGGAAGAUCCAGAAGCUGAGGGCCGCUCGUCUGCCCUGGCCACCGCCGCACGGAAACGGGCCGCAAAACGCAACCAGCGCAAACCUCGACCGCUCGUGUGGAAGGUUGACGACCGCACACGGCAAGACUGGCAGCACCGCCAGGACACUCCGGCACUGCAAAAGAUGCUGGCGCAGCGGCGUCGGUUGCCGGCGUGGGACGUGCGCGAGACCGUUGUCGACACGGUCAGCUCGAACCAGGUGACAAUUAUCUCGGGCGAGACGGGUUCCGGCAAGUCGACGCAGGCCGUGCAGUUUGUGCUGGACGACCUGUACAGCCGCGGUCUCGGCCACGUCGCCAACAUUAUGGUGACGCAGCCGCGGCGAAUCUCAGCGCUCGGCCUGGCCGAUCGCGUCAGCGAAGAGCGCUGCAGCAGCCUGGGCGACGAGGUCGGCUACGUCAUCCGCGGCGAGAGCAAGAUCAAUGCGGGCGGUAUUGCAGCGCGCACGCGCAUCACCUUUGCCACGACUGGUGUGCUGCUGCGGCGCCUGCAGGUCUCGGGCGGCCGCAUCGAAGACGUUGUGGCCUCGCUGGCUGACGUUAGCCACAUUGUCAUUGACGAGGUGCACGAGCGCAGUCUCGACACGGACUUUUUGCUGUGCAUCCUGCGCGAUGUGCUGCGCGUGCGCACCGACCUCAAGCUCGUGCUGAUGAGUGCCACACUCGAUGCAUCGACGUUCAAGGACUACUUUGCCAGAGAGGGCCUGUCGGUGGGCUCGGUCCAGAUCGCUGGACGUACGUUCCCCGUCGACGACAUGUACCUCGACGACGUGAUUCGCGCAACUGGUUUUGGCAUGGACGGCAACUUUGGCCGCGGGUACCGCGACAGCAACCGAGGCGGCGGCGGCGGCGGCGGAAUCAAGGACAAAGAAGGCGGUGGCGAGUACGACCCGAUCAACAAGAUCAUCCAGCAGCUCGGCAGCCGCGUCAACUACAGUCUUGUGGCAGACACGGCGCGUGCCAUCGAUGAGGAGCUGACGGGCACGAACCAAAGUGGCGGUAUCCUCGUCUUCAUGCCCGGCACCAACGAAAUCAACCAGGUGUGCAACCAGCUGCGCACCGGGCCCGGCGCCAACAACUUACACGUUCUGCCGCUGCACGCUUCACUCGAGACCCGCGAGCAGCGCCGCGUCUUUGCCGCAGCACCGGCUGGCCGCCGCAAGGUCGUCGUGGCUACCAACGUCGCCGAGACGUCCAUCACCAUUGACGACAUUGUCGCCGUCAUUGACACGGGCCGCGUCAAGGAGACCAGCUACGACGCGACGACCAACAUGCGCAAGCUGGAGGAGACCUGGGCGUCGCGCGCCGCCUGCAAGCAGCGCCGCGGUCGUGCUGGUCGUGUUCGUGCCGGUAAGUGCUACAAGCUGUACACGCGCAACUUGGAGCUUCAGACGAUGCCGGAACGGCCCGAGCCGGAAUUGCGCCGCGUGCCGCUCGAGCAGCUGUGCCUAUCGGUGCGCGCCAUGGGUAUUGUCGACGUGGCCGGGUUCCUUGCCCGAGCCCCCACCCCGCCCGAAGUCGCUGCAGUCGACGGCGCACUGACCUUGCUGCGUCGCAUGGGUGUGCUGGACGGCGACCGCCUGACGGCACUGGGCCGCCAGCUGGCCGCCAUCCCCGCCGACCUGCGGUGCGGCAAACUCAUGGUCUUUGGUGCGCUCUUUGGCUGUCUGCACGAGUGCGUCACCGUCUCCGCCAUCCUGAGUGGGCGGAGUCCCUUUGUGCUGCCGCCGCCCGAGAAACGCGAGCUCGCCAAGGCAGCGCGCAUGCGGUUCACAUCGCCUACGUCUGGUGACGGCGACCUGCUGACGGACCUGCGCGCCGUGCUUCAGUGGGACCAGAUUGUGCGCGACAGCAACCCCUACGGCAAGGCCAGCAAGGCCUUUUGCGAAGACAAUUUCCUGGCCGUGCAGACGCUCAUGGACAUCGCGUCGACGCGCACGCAGCUCUACCAGUCGCUGGCCGAGCUGGGCAUCCGGCGGCCAACCGAAGCCGCUUCGGGCUCAACACCGCCUAACCAUUUGCUGCUGCGGGCACUGACCGCCGCCGCGUUCACACCCCAGAUCGCCCGCAUACAGCUGCCGGACCAAAAGUUUGCCACGAGCGUCUCCGGCACUGUUGCCAUUGACCCGGAGGCCCGCACAAUUCGCUACUUUUCGCGCGACCACGGCCGCGUCUUUGUGCACCCGAGCAGCACGCUCUUUGACAGCCAGGGCUUUGCCGGCCGCGCUGCCUUCUUGUCGUACUUUUCCCUCAUCUCCACCUCCAAGGUGUUUAUCCGGGAUUUGACACCCUUUAAUGCAUAUACAUUGCUCAUGUUCUCGGGCGAGAUCAAGCUCGACACUCUGGGCCGCGGCCUGACAGUCGACGGCUGGCUGAACCUGCGGGGCUGGGCGCGGAUCGGCGUUCUGGUGUCACGGCUGCGCAGCAUGGUGGACCGACUGAUUGCACGACGUCUGGGACUAGGCGCCGAUGAGUAUGAGGAGGAGGAGAAGAACGCGUCCACGGACGACAAGAGCUCGACGGAGCAGGUCGACCGUGACGUGAUCAAGGCCGUCAUCAAGCUGAUUGAGCUGGACGGCAUGGAUGCAUAG